GGGGGAAGGAGAGAAGUGGAUGAGGAGAGGGGAGUGUGAGGGGGAAGGAGAGAAGUGGAUGAGGAGAGGGGAGUGUGAGGGGUAAGGGCCCUCGGUGCCUUCAAUAAUGGCCUACCGUCUCAAAGGAAUCACAACAGACACAACUAAGGUGCUGGAGCAGGAGAUACCCGCCUCGAUGAAGGAGAGAGGGAUGGAGGAAGUAAAACAGUCAGCAGUAGAAGACAAAGCAGCAGCAGAGGAAGCUGUGGAGGAGAGAGUAGCUCAGGAGAAGACAGAGGAUAGCACAGCAGAUAAUAAAGAGACGGAGGAGAGAGAGAUGGAGGGAGAGGUAGAGGUCGUGACCCCUUGCCCUACAGAGAGCCAUGGUCUCCAGGGAACCAUUAAAGGUCAUGACCUCUUCGGCUACGUGGGCAUCGAGGCUGUUCUGGACCAGAUGAGACGCAAGACCAUGAAGGCUGGCUUCGAGUUCAACAUCAUGGUCGUGGGUCAGAGUGGACUAGGGAAGUCUACCCUGGUCAACACUCUGUUCAAGUCUAAAGUCAGCCGCAAGUCCUGCAGCCCUAACUACGAAGAGAAGAUCUCCAAGACUGUCAAACUGCAGUCCGUCAGCCAUGUGAUAGAGGAGAAGGGAGUGAAGAUGAAGCUCACAGUGAUUGACACGCCAGGAUUUGGAGACCAGAUAAACAACGAGAACUGGUCCUCCCUAGUGAGUUAUGUUAAUGAGCAGUAUGAGAGGUACCUGAGAGAGCUGUACGUCAACAGGAAGCCGAGGAUCCCUGACACACGCGUCCACUGCUGUGUCUACUUCCUGCCUGCCACCGGACACUGGUUACGUCCCAUAGACGUGGAGUUCAUGAAAAGGCUGGGGAAGAUAGUCAGCAUCGUACCGAUCAUCGCGAAGGCAGAUACACUUACCAUGGAGGAGAGACAAGAGUUUAAACAGAGGAUAAGACAGGACCUGAAGGCCAAUGGGAUCCGAGUCUACCCUCAGACUGAGUACGACGAAGAUCCAGAGGACAGGAUACUCAACGACAAGAUCAGGGAAAACAUUCCGUUUGCGGUGGUGGGGACAGACAAGGAACACCAGGUAAACGGGAACAAGGUCCUGGGCAGGAAAACCAAAUGGGGCAUCAUAGAGGUUGAAAACGUGGCACAUUGUGAGUUUACCAACUUGAGAGAUCUGCUGAUUAGGUCCCACCUGCAGGACCUGAAGGACGUGACCCACAACAUCCACUAUGAGACAUUCCGCGUCAGGAGACUGAACGAGAGUAACCUGACCGUCCACGGUCUGGCCCUGUCCUGCUUUCCAAUGGAGAACGGGACCCACGGAACCAACGGAACCUCGGACAGGAGCGAAUCAGAGAGCCACCUCUGAGGGGGAAUCACAGAGUGCGUCGCACACAGCAGCAGCUCCAGCUUCCUGCUCACAGCUUCCUGUUUCCUGUUUUGACUGCAAAAUGGUUGGUCGACCGUUUCCCCCAAUCGGAACACGAGAAAGAGAGCGAAAGAAAGAGGAACUCUUUUUUUUUAACAAAGGAGAGAUGUUUUCGUUGGCCACCACACCUUGGAUUUUGAACAUUUUAUUGAGUUUUACUAAAGACAUUAUUGAUAAGAAAUGCAUUUAAACUUCAUAUAUGAAUAUAUUUUCUCAGAAUGAGUUUAUAUGUCCUGGAAGCAGGGUCACACGGGGCUGGAAGAGCAGAGAUACAUGGAGAGAGAAAAACAGAGGGGGAGAGUGAGGGAUGGAGAGGGGA